CCGUUUUAAGCUCAUUUCUGCUUCAUUCCGCCUGCAUUCGGCUGGCGGCAGCGUCGCAGUAAACAUCGCGCGUCUUGUGAGCGGGAAAAAGCGGAGGUCGCGGUGUGUGCUUGUGUUUUCCAUACAUUCUGCUGCGGAUUAUAAUAAUAAAACGAAACGCGGGCUAUAAAAUGUGUGUUUAGUAAUGUAGGAAGAUUUUUAGUUUCGAAGGAAACAGCCAGGCAACCGGCGACGUGCAAUUACGAAAUUCUGUCUGUGACAAGUGUGUGUGUGCGUGUGUGUGUUUGUGUUUGGUGCGUGCGCUUUUAUUUUGGCUGCGCUUCCAUGUGUGCGUCUAUAAAUAACAGAAAUAACAGAAAAAACCACAACAACAACAAGAGAAGCAGCAACAAAAGGCAAAAACGCAAAGAAGCGAAUACGCUAAAAAUGAAAUAUCAACGGCAUAAAAUGACGGGUUGAUUGACUUGCAGGAAUUUUAAAAACAAAAAAAAAAAACACCAAAAUCCCACAAUUUCGGGUAAACGUAGUGCUCAGCCCCCGAUUAUCGCGCAUCCAGAAGCUACGCCUUCCGUUGUUUAUCACGAGACGCCAACAAAUCGCUGGAGAAACGCACUUGAAUCGCCCGCAAAUUGCAUUUUCUAUUAACCAGAGAAUUAAUUGGCGUGUGGCUUUUAUGGUCGCCGGUCCCACGCAAAGUCACGAAAAUUGGACGGUGAUUUCUCAUUGUCGGAGAUUUCACAUUUGCCCGACCACCACGUAGCAAUUCCGAAGUUCAGCUGUAGAAAAUGAAAAUGCUUUGUUAAAGUGCAGGGGAGAAGUGUGUGACCCAACUGGAAACUUGGAAGAUAACCAUUUCCGCAUGAAAUAAUCCUGCGUACCUUUAUCAUCUCUAAGAAAUAAUUACAUAUAUGGUAUUGACUGCAACUGGGUCACUUGGAAGAGUGUAAAUUAAACCAGCAUUGGCACGUUCCAAGAAACUGCAAUAUGAACAACCACGUAACUUAAUUUAUAAUACUUUAUUUGCUUUCGCUUCUGCAUAUAUAAUUGUGCAAUCGCUGCAGUUCCCGUGAACGCACAUAGCAAUAUCAACGGGCAAUUCAUUGAUAAAAAACGUUGACAACAAGGGCUAUAAAUUAAGAAGUGCCUAGCGGAGUAGCAAUAAAGAAACGUUUAAACACACCGAUGUUGAACAACAAAUAAACCAAAAUAAAUUGUUACGGAUGUCGUAAUAAACUGUAGAAACAAACGUGUAAAAACUUGGAAAAAAAACAACUUUGUAUCAUUUACAUUCACAAAAUUGAAUUUUAUGAGAACAUAAUCUCAGCAAUAAUUUAUACCACAAAAAAAAAAAAACAUUUUACAACAAAAUAUUCAAAAGCUAUAAACAAAAGCAAAAAGUAUCUUCAGAAAUAAAAGCAGCGAUAAAAACAAAAGCAAAUCAAAUAAUGAACUCACCACAGCUGGCGCCUACCACUGCGCAAUCUCACCACGCUGAGAGCGCUGACCAAACAGCGACGCCUGGAAAUAAAUACGCGCCUGGAAGAAGGCUAGCUGCGCGGCAAACUCUUCGCUUGGCAAUACCGAAGCCGCAACCCGGUGACCCACUGAACCACCCAACGGGUGUGGGGCUCUUCCGACCCUCCCCCUCGCAACUGCCACCUGCACCGAUUUUGAAGCGCGUUCCAGCGGUCAGCGGUGCCUGCAGUGGCAUACCGAAGUCCGCCUCGCCACUGGAAUCGCAUCAUCUGCCCAAUGUCACGCCCACCACCGCCCACUCCCGGCUGGGCUAUGGCAGUGGCUGUUCCAGUGCCUCAUCAGCAUCCAACUUUCUGGGCGUGCGCAAGCCCAGCCUGACCUUGAACUCAUCGGACAUCCGGAACAACAACGAUCUGUUCGCCUUUCCCAAGGACAUGUCGCCUGUGAUGAGUGAGCACUGCCAGUCGCCUAUGUUCACCGACUUAUCAUCAGCUAACAGCAAUGGUUCACCAACACAUCACCACCAGCUGGGCAGGUUGUUUAGCCUCAGUCCUUCGAGCAUCAGAAGUUACGGCAAUAUGACAGACUUCUCGGAUAGCUCGCCAAGUGGGGUGUUGAGUCCACCAUCCUCGCUGAUCGAGAAUUUCCACAAGAAGAACAGCUCACCGCAACCACUUGGCAGUAGCACCACCAUAAGCACCCUAACUCCGACGACCUUGAAUGGAUCUGUGGUGGGUGGUGCAGUGGGUGGUGCUGGACACCACAGCAUUGCAAAUGGCAGGCAAAUCAACACCAGCUCUAGUUCAUGCAGUAGUCUUAAGGAAACCUCACACCAGUCCACAUCUACAUCACAACAGGUUGUCAACAGCAGCAGCAGCAGCACAACGACGCGGGUGGAGAAGAAGUCCCAGCGCCUGCACCAUCACAUAACCUCCUCAUCCUCCAGCUCUUCGACCACCCAGGCUCUGUCCACCUCGUCAGAGAUGAAGGCGGCGGAAAUCAAGCGCGAUCUCACAAACAUCCAGAAGUCCAUGUCGGAAAUCAACGAUCUGGCCAAGGAGCGGAUCACCGGCGGACCUGGAUCCAUUAGCACCACCUCAGCCUCGGCGAUCACAGCCCCCGGCACAAUGUCCCAGACGACGACGAGCCGGCUAGCACCCAAACUCACAUCCGCCCAUCCGUCUAUCGACGAUCUCAGGGGUCUCAGCAGCCAGGACAAAAUCACCCAGCUGCAAAAAAAACUUCGCGCCUCGUUCGAGAACCUGGUGGACGACGAUGACAGCAAUGUGAUCGUGACCCUGCCGGAUGACGACGACUGCCCGCAUAACCACUUUGGCAGCGGCCUCAACCUCACCCAUCCCACCGCCGCCCAGCUAAGUGCCAGUGGACUGAGCGGGUCGAGCAAGACAAUCGACACGAUCAAGUUCCAGGAGAAGAGCAUGAAGACCGAGUCCAAGACCAAGGUGGUCACCGAUGGCUUCAGUUCCGAGCAGGCCACCAGCAACUCGGCGGCGAUGAAACGUUUGCAGGCCGGAGAUAUAGACUAUCAGGAAAGCAAGGGUGCGUCGGCGAUGAGGAACCGAUUGGAGGUGGAUGGUGUCAAAACGGAGGAGAAUGCAGCCGUUAUUAAGGAAGCCCUCUCACUCCGCACCGGCGACAUCACACAGCAGGCGAGCAACAAUGUGGCGGCCUCCAGUAUUACGGUGCAAAGUGAGAAUUUCUCCGCGGACAAGAAGGCGAUAUCGCAGUCGCAGCAAUCCCAGACGAUGACCUCCAACGGGAUAAUCAGUCAGGAGAAACAUGUAUCCUCCGCCUCGCAGGCCAACUACUCGAUGUCGCACAAGGGCGUUUCCAGCACCGGCAGUAGCAUGAUCACCAGCUCCUCCCAAAUGUCCGCGAUGAAUGGGCAAAUGCUGAAGCUCGCCGAUCUCAAGUUGGAUGACCUCAAGUCGCUGACAGCAGGAAGUGGACAGCAGGAGAUCGAGCAGACCAUCAACAAGUAUUCCAACAUGCUGACCUCGAUAGUGAGCUCCCUGCAAGAAGAUGAGCGAGGUGGCAGUGCCAUAACCGUCCACGAUGUUGGGGGCAAGAAGUCCCAGUACCUGGAGAAGAUCAACGAAGUCAUACGGCGAGCCUGGGCAGUGCCCACACAUGGUCACGAGCUGGGCUACUCAUUGUGCAAUUCCCUGCGCCAAAGUGGCGGGCUUGAUCUUCUCAUGAAGAACUGCGUUAAACCCGAUCUCCAGUUUUCCUCCGCACAGCUCCUUGAGCAGUGCCUAACCACCGAGAAUCGCAAACAUGUGGUGGAUAAUGGCCUGGAUAAGGUGGUCAAUGUGGCCUGUGUCUGCACAAAGAACUCCAAUAUGGAGCACUCCCGCGUGGGCACUGGCAUCCUGGAGCAUCUGUUCAAACACUCGGAGGGCACCUGUUCGGAUGUGAUAAGGUUGGGUGGCCUGGAUGCCGUGCUCUUCGAGUGCCGCACCAGUGAUUUGGAAACCCUGCGUCACUGCGCCAGUGCACUGGCGAAUUUAUCACUCUAUGGUGGUGCCGAGAACCAGGAGGAGAUGAUCCUACGCAAGGUGCCCAUGUGGCUCUUCCCAUUGGCCUUCCACAACGAUGAUAACAUCAAGUACUAUGCCUGCUUGGCCAUUGCAGUGCUGGUAGCCAACAAGGAGAUUGAAGCCGAGGUGCUGAAGUCUGGAUGCCUGGAUUUGGUGGAGCCCUUUGUCACCUCACACGACCCCUCCGCUUUUGCGAGAUCCAAUCUGGCACAUGCCCAUGGGCAAAGCAAGCAUUGGCUAAAGCGAUUGGUUCCGGUUUUGAGUUCCAAUCGCGAGGAGGCCCGCAAUCUGGCUGCCUUCCAUUUCUGCAUGGAGGCGGGUAUCAAGAGGGAGCAGGGUAACACCGACAUCUUCCGGGAGAUCAACGCUAUUGAAGCUUUGAAGAACGUGGCCAGCUGUCCAAAUGCCAUUGCUUCCAAGUUCGCCGCUCAGGCUUUAAGAUUGAUUGGAGAGACAGUGCCGCACAAGCUGUCCCAGCAGGUUCCCUUGUGGUCAGUGGAGGACGUGCAGGAGUGGGUGAAGCAAAUCGGUUUCAACGACUACAUCGACAAGUUUAACGAGUCCCAGGUGGAUGGCGAUCUUCUCCUGAAGCUCAACCAGGAUAACCUCCGGGCUGAUAUUGGAAUCGGUAAUGGAAUCCUUCUAAAGCGCUUUGAACGCGAGCUGCAAAAUCUCAAGCGGAUGGCUGACUACUCAUCCAAGGACACGGCCAAGAUGCACCAAUUUCUCUCGGAGAUCGGUACUGACUACUGCACCUACACGUAUGCCAUGCUGAAUGCUGGAAUCGACAAGUGUGCACUGCCGCAUGUUAACGAGGAUAUGCUGAUGACGGAGUGUGGCAUCCACAACUCGAUCCAUCGUCUGCGCAUUCUUAAUGCGGUCAAAAACUUGGAGAAUUCGCUGCCCAGCUCGUCGGAGGAGAAUAUGGCCAAGACUCUGGAUGUUUUCGUUAGCUACAGACGGUCCAAUGGCUCCCAACUGGCCAGUCUUCUCAAGGUUCACCUGCAGCUGCGUGGUUUCUCCGUCUUCAUCGACGUGGAGCGCCUGGAGGCGGGCAAAUUCGACAACGGCCUUUUGAACAGUAUUCGGCAGGCAAAGAACUUUGUCUUAGUAUUAACACCCGAUGCCCUGCACCGCUGCAUUAACGAUGAGGACUGCAAGGACUGGGUGCAUCGCGAAAUCGUGGCUGCCCUGAACUCGAACUGCAACAUUAUACCCAUCAUAGACCAGCAAUUCGAUUGGCCCGAGGUGGAGCGACUUCCCGAGGACAUGCGCAGCGUGGCCCAUUUUAACGGUGUUAAUUGGAUCCACGACUACCAGGACGCAUGCAUCGAUAAGCUCGAAAGAUUUUUGCGCGGCGAAAAGAAUAUCGAUCGCAUUGCGGCGAUGGUGCCCGGCACCCCCGGUUCGGUCUCAUACCAAAGAAUGCACAGCAACGACUCCGACUACCAGAGCGGAGGAGCAGGCGGAGGAUCAGGAGCAGGAACUGGAGGAGGAAGUGGUGGCGGCGUUACGGGCAGUGUGGUGGAUGGCCUGAUGGUGACGGCCAAUGGCAGCGGACAAGCUAAUCACCAGGCAAAUAGGUACCGCCAAUCUCCCUCACCGGCCCGCCAAAGGGGCAGCACCUCGCAGCUGAGUGGUUAUUCCCGGGCGCCCUCGAAACGCUCCCAGAUCCUCACCCCCUAUCGCACCCAGCAGGCUGCCCUGCUCCAUAAAACCGGAGCAGGAUCAAUGCAGAAUAUGAUGCCGUUGGCGUAUCUGCCUCCGCGGAGAAGUUCCGCCGCGGGAUUGGGACAUGGAUCUGGUUCCGGCAUGGGCAAUGGCUAUCGAUCGCACAGUGUUGAUGGGCUGCUAGAUCAGGCGGGCUCAACUCCUGAGCAAAGAAUAGCAGCAGCUGCGGCCAAGGUGGCGGCGGGGAGUACAGCUCUAACGAACGCCAGUUCCACAAGCACUCUGCAACCCGAAGAAGAGGUGACCGAGGCGCCACUCAGUGACGCUGUGACGCGGCGUGACAAGCAUACGUUAUCUCCACCGGGAACUGUCCAGCAGCAUAGAAAGUCCCGAAGUCUGGACCAUAUUCUCAGCAAACAGACUUUAGCAGAGCUGCUGACACCGAGUAGCGACCUCUCAAAUGAGACGCAGAGUAUGCAAAACCUGGCCAUUCCAAUGACCCCGCAGCCCCAACGAAGGGACACCAGCUCCUCCUCAAAAUCCCCCACACCAGAAAGACCUCCACAACCCGCAAAGGAACGGGUCAGGGAACGCCAGAGUCCCGAGGGUGUGAGUGCGACGGAAAGCGAGCGUGAGGAUCAGCCGGACGAAUGUCUGCGACAUGGCAAUCAACAGAGGGCAUCGGCCUCGGUUCAUCGGGGAGCCAGUUUGACCAGCAACAAGACCUCCAACUCGUCUCUGGGUUCCAACUUUAGUGCCGGAGGAAACAACAAGACGAUAUUUAAUCGAACGAUGAAGAAGGUCCGCUCGCUGAUAAAAAAACCAUAAAAGCGAAAUUGGCUACCGCAAUCCGUUGUAACUGUUGUUAUCGUUGUGCCUGUUGUACUGCACCCGCCCACAAAAGCAUCCACCCACCAAAUCGAAUCGAAUCGAUUUCGGUUUCGAUUUCGAAAAACCCCAUCAUCGCACACGUGAGAUCAAUUUCGACGCCCACUCAGCAUCCGCCGUCUCGACAACCAACAUUCAUUGUUAUUUAUUACCAAGCAAGCAACAAAAAAAUGAGAAAGAAAACAAUCAAUCAAAUAGCGAUACCAAUAAACGUGUAUAAAAUUGCGUAAAUCGAA